AUGUCGCUCCCGUCCUCGCACAAGGCCGCUGUGGUACCCGAAGCCGGUGCUCAGCACCAGGUGACCGACCGUUCGCUCGCCCCCCUCGCUGCUGACGAGAUUGCCGUCAAGGUGACCGCCACGGCCAUCAACCCGGUCGACUGGAAGAUCCGCGACUACAAGAUCUUCAUCACCGAGUACCCUGCCGUUCUCGGCUCUGAUGCUGCCGGUGAAGUCGUUGCGGUCGGCUCCUCUAUCACCAGCCACAAGCUUGGCGAGCGCGUCUUCUUCCAAGGCAUCCUGGGCAAGUACGACUCGAGUACAUUCCAGCAGUACGUCAAGAUCCCCGCUGCCCUUGCGGCCAAGACGCCCAAGAAGGUCUCGGACGAGCAGGCGGCCACCUUCUGGGUCGCCGGCAUGGCCGUUGCCACGGGUCUCUACCACAACACGGGUCUCGGCCUCCCUGCUCCCUGGGACAAGAACGGUGACGCCGUCGGUAAGGGCAAGACCGCCAUCAUCCUCGGUGGAUCUUCCAGUGUUGGUCAGUACGCCAUUCAGUUCGCAAAACUCUCGGGCUUCGACCACAUCCUCACCAGCUCCAGCCCAAGUCACUUUGACUACCUCAAAACUCUCGGUGCCACCAUCGUCCUCGAUCGCUCCAAGGCGACCUCUGCCAAGGACUUCACCGACGCCCUCCCCUCGGGUACGAGCGCAGAAUGGGUCUACGACUCCAUUUCUUCCGCUUCAACCCAACUCCUCGCCGUCCAAAUCCUGCAGUCUCUUAACGGCGGAAAAGUCAUCACAGUCAUGCAACCCGACGCAGAAGCCACCAAACAAGCCGCCAAGGACGACGAAAAGGACGUGGCGGUCACCAACAUCUUGGGUCUCGGCAGCCACCCUAGCUACCGGUACGUGUCGGAACCCCUCGCUGCCCAUGUCGGCGGCGAAGCUGGGUAUGUCGCCGAGGGAAAGGUGCACUUGAACAGGCCGCAGGUGGUGGCAGGUGGUUUGGGAGCUGUGGAGGAGGCGCUCAGGUUGAACAAGGAGGGCGUAUCUGGGGUCAAGGUCGUCAUUAGGCCUAACGAGGCGUAA